AUGCAACAGCAAAGCAAUGAAGAAUUAAAAGAAUGCAUUAUGCAGUACAAAACAAGAUUACAGGAAAUAUUGCAAAGGCUUGAAUGGUCUGAGGAGGCUGUAGUGAAGGAUUUCAAUACAAAUUCCUUGGCCUCUGCUGUUAAAGACAAUGUAAAGAAGCCCCGAUCCCCGAAAGUAGCCACAUACCCAGACAGUUGUAUUACUAACAAUUCUCUAGUGAUAGAAACUAAAAAACUGCAAGAAAUACUUCAAAAUAAUGAAGUUAAGGCUCCCCGGAACUUUACAGAAUUACAAGCAAACUUAUCGCGUGAACAGAAACUUAAAAUCUACGAGCAUGUUGUAGAUAACACAGAAAAGUUGAAAAAUAAUACAGUGGCUCAAGUUGACGAAGGAGAAAUUUCUUUGGCGGAUAUCUUGGCCCAAAAGAAACGUGAAGAGAAGCGUAAUAAACGAAAAUUUCGAAAACCUAAACCCACUCACAUAGAAGAAGUAAGAUGUUUGGUGGAUUUGCAAAUGCAAGCUUUACAGCAGUUUGUGGGCAAUAAAAUGAAAAAAGAUGAAGAUAAAAUGGAGAGGAGUGAUAAACAUAGUAGAAUAAGUAGAGAUGAAAGGAAACACUAUGAGGAUUAUUAUAAAAGAGAUAAAUAUAGAGACAGGUCUGUAGAUGAUUAUAGAAGACGCGACAGAUAUCGUAGUAAAGAACGUAAACGAUUUCAUAGAAGUCGUAGUAAAGAUAUUUCACACAAAAGAAAAAGACGUAGCAGAAGUCAUAGUAGGGAAAGAAGAAAACAUAGCCCAAGUUGUCAUAAAGACAUUGUCCAUAAAAGAACAAACAAUAGUAGAAGUCGUAGUAAAGAAAUUUCAAAGGAAAGGAGAAAACAUAGAAGUCGUAGUAAAGAAAGAAGAAAAGCUAAUCGAAGCAGUAGUAAGGAAGUGUUAUAUGAAAAAAGAAAACGCAGCAGAAGUCCUAGUAAAUAUAGAAAACAUAGCCGAAGUUUUAGCAAAGAAAUUGUCCACAAAAGAACAAGACAUAGCAGAAGUCAUAGCAAGGAAAUUGCCUACAAAAGAACAAGAGAUAGUGGAAGUAAAGAAAUCACAAAGGAAAGAUUUUCUCAAAAAGAAGAAAGUUUUUAUUCCAAAAAACAUUCUAGCAGAAGAGAUUAUGAAAAUGCUAAUGAAAAAAGACGUCAUAAUGAGAAGCUAUACAGAAGGCAUAGUAAAAGUCCAGAAAAUAGCGGAUCUCAAAGACACAGUCUCGAAGACAAAACAAAAAACAUAGAUUAUGAUGGGGAAUAUACUAGUUCCCACCAAAGUAGGAGAAAACAAUAUGGCUCAAGUCAUGAUAAAGAUAGACAAAUUAAAUCUGCAUACCAGUCUACAGAAGAAACCUCAAAGUACAAAAGUUAUCAGCACAAAUCGAUAGAGAGAUCGCAGCUGAAGUGA